CGCGAGUGCGAUGCAGUGAGGCCGGACGGACGGACGGGCGGGCGGGAUUGCUGGGCUGGGGCCACGGCAGCGCUGCAGAGAUGUGACUCGGGCCGAGGGCCAGCGGGAGCGUCGGCGCUGCGGGGCCGCGGGGGUCGAGAGAAAGAUGAGAACCCGCCAGGCGCUCGCCUUCCUCCUGCUCUUCGUGAUUGCCUCCGGGGCCUCUGAGAACGCCAGCACGUCCCGGGGCUGCGGGCUGGACCUUCUCCCUCAGUACGUGUCCCUGUGCGACCUGGACACCAUCUGGGGCAUCGUGGUGGAGGCGGUGGCCGGGGCGGGCGCCCUGAUCACGCUGCUCCUGAUGCUCAUCCUGCUGGUGCGGCUGCCAUUCAUCAAGGACAAGGAGAAAAAGGACCCCGUGGGCCUCCACUUCCUCUUCCUCCUGGGGACCCUGGGCCUCUUUGGGCUGACCUUCGCCUUUAUCAUUCGGGAGGAUGAGACCAUCUGCUCGGUGCGCCGGUUCCUCUGGGGCGUCCUCUUUGCACUCUGCUUUUCCUGCCUGCUGAGCCAGGCGUGGCGAGUGAGAAGGCUGGUGCGCCACGGCAAGAGCCCCUCAGGCUGGCAGCUGCUGGGCAUGGCCCUGUGCCUGAUGCUGGUGCAGGUCAUCAUCGCCAUCGAGUGGCUGGUGCUGACCGUGCUCCGAGAUGCGAAGCCAGCCUGUGCCUAUGAGCCCAUGGACUUCGCGAUGGCCCUCAUCUACGACAUGGUACUGCUGGUGGCCACCCUGGGGCUGGCCUUUUUCUCGCUGUGUGGCAAGUUCAAGAAGUGGAAGCAGAACGGAGUCUGCAUCCUGGUCACGGCCUUCCUGUCCGUGCUCAUCUGGGUGGCUUGGAUGACCAUGUACCUCUUUGGCAAUGCCGAGCUACGACAGGGAGAUGCCUGGGGCGACCCCACCUUGGCCAUCACGCUGGUGGCCAGUGGCUGGGUCUUUGUCAUCUUCCACGCCAUCCCGGAGAUCCACUGCACCAUUCUGCCGGCCCCGCAGGAAAACACGCCCAACUACUUCGACACGUCACAGCCAAGGAUGCGGGAGACGGCGUUUGAGGAGGAUGUGCAGCUGCCGCGGACCUACAUGGAGAACAAAGCCUUCUCAAUGGAUGAACACAAUGCAGCUCUCCGAACUGCAGGAUUUCGCAAUGGCAGCUUGGGAAACAGACCCAGCGCUCCGUUCAGAAGCAACGUGUAUCAGCCAACUGAGAUGGCUGUUGUGCUCAACGGGGGGACUAUCCCAACCGCUCCGCCAAGUUACACUGGAAGACACCUCUGGUGAAAGACUUUAAGUUCCAGAGAAUAAGAGUCUCUCUUACCGAUUUUAUUCCCUGGUCGUGUCUUUCUUGAGGGAGAAAUCAGUAACAGUAGCUGAACAAGGCCGCCUCGCAGCCAGGAGAUUUGGAAAUCCUAGACAGGAGGAUUUCGUGUAAAUGUGAACACUGCUGAACUGAAAAGCUAACACCAACUGCCCUCCCCGCCCCUGCCACACACACACACACACACACACACGUAAUACCAAACCAACCUCAAACCCUGCAAACUAAAGCAAAGCUAAUUGCAAAUAGGAUUAGGCUUACUCGAAAAUGUGGCUGGGAAGACUGUUUCAUCCUCUGGGGGUAAGAGCAGAACCGCUUUCAUAGCCAGCAGGCCAGGCCGGUGUUGGCUGAGCACAGACAGCCCCACACCAUCGCCCCUUGCCAGCAAGUGCUGGACCCCAGGUGGCCUCUUGGAGACAGUCAUUUCACUGAGGAAGGCGAAUAGGGGCUUCCCCACUGGCCUGCCUGUGGGUUUUCACAUUUCAGGGGGGUCAGGAGCAGUGGAGGAGAUUGUGGGUAUGAUUCCGAGGCCCAGCCCAACUGCAUCCGGGAAAGAGCUUUAUGAGCAGUGGUGGAGGAAGCCUGGCCUGUGCCAAAGAAGAGAAGGCAGUCUGGGAGUUGAAGGGACCGUCACACUUAGAAAGGAGCACCCAGCUUUGUUCCUUCUCUGGGCCACAUGCUCUGGCGUCACUGCCAGGAAGCAAGCCUGCCUGCCUCCAAGGGGCAGUUUCCGACUGGAGCAGCCGUCGCUCCCCUGAUCACCCCUCCAUCUUCCCACCUCGUGAGUGUUCCUCCAGCCCUUCCCCAUCUCUCCCACCACGUCCAUUUCAAAAGCUCACAUGAAGCCACCAGCCCAAAGCCCCGUGGCUUGGCCAGGGGGCAGAUGCCGGGGUGGAUUUUCCGCAAUGCUGUCACGCGGCAGGGGUACCCCCGGGUGGAGAGGCCAUGCCGGCUGCCUAGCAAGCAGUGAGUUCUUGGGACUUCUCUGCGGACGUAGUGAAAGCUCCAGGGUUGGGUGGAGCACAUGAGGGUUUCUUGCUGCUUUGGGAGGGCCUGAGGGACAUUUUUGUCUCAGUUUUCUGCAAGUUCCAUGAAAAUGGUUCUCUUCCAAGCCAUUGUUUCUGUCAUGGUUUCCAUCUGUCCUAAGCAAGUCAUUCCUUUAUUUGGCAUUUCAGACAUCUCGGCCAUUAAAAGCCCCAUGUUCUCUGCACUGUUUGGCCAGCAUAAUCGCAGGCAAUGAUUCAAAGCAAAGAGUUUUAACCUGACGGCACGGAAUGUAUAAAUGAGGGUGGGUCUUUUUGCAUAUACUCUAGUCACUGUAUUGCUUUUUUUUUUUUUCUCUAUAAAACAACCCAUAAGCCUUUAACCUUCACAGAAAAUGAAAAAGGUUAGUGUUUGGGGGGAAACUGACCUCUUCAAAAGCCAAUAUGUCUGAGCUGAGUAUGUUUUAAUAAACCUUCUGAUUUUUCUUGAG